CCCACCCAGCAUAAUGUGACUGUCAGCCCUUGGGUUCUGUGUGGGAUAAAAACUUUUUGCGCACCUCCCAAACAUUUCAUUUAAUAAAAAAAAGGAAAGCAAAACCGCAGAGCUGCUGGGUGGCAGAAGCGAGAGACUCGGCUGAGCACCACAGGCAAAGCGGACGACGCCUCUGGAGAAGGAUUAAAUACAGUACAUAUUUUUCCUCCCUCUCUGAAGUGGGAAGGAGCGAGAUUCACCUUGUGUGUGUUUUUCCCCCUUCCACUCUGCCACAUCUGCAAGAAAGGAUCUUUUCUUCUCCCGAAGGGUUUCCCCCGCCACGUGAGGACCUGCCAACCCGUCUGGAGACAAAGGAUACAAUUUUCCGCUUUGGGGAGAAAUUUCCUGGAAGGGUUUUUUUAUUUCGUUUUUGGGAGCGAUUCGGCGAAGAAGGCGUUUCCUGGCGGAUUUUGGUAAUCGAAUGGACCAACCUACCCCCAGGAGCUGCAGCCGGGGGCCCCCAGCCUGCGACGCCGUUCAGAGCGAGCCGUCCAUGAUUGUGCUCGUUCACACGACCACCGGGGCCCGGUAUGAGCUGUCUGUGCCCGUGGAAGAGACGGUGGAAGGUCUGAAGCGGCGGUUGUCCCAGAGGCUGAAGGUCCCGCGGGAGAGGCUGGCGCUGCUGCACAAAGAAAGUCGACUUAAUUCGGGAAAACUUCAAGACCUGGGGGUUGGAGACGGCAGCAAGUUGACUCUGGUGCCAACGGUGGAAACUGGCUUAAUGUCGCAAGCAUCCAGACCGGAACAGUCCGUAAUGCAAGCGUUGGAAAGUUUAACAGAAACUCAGGUAAAUGACUUCCUGUCGGGUCGAUCUCCUCUCACCCUGGCCCUGCGUGUUGGGGACCAUAUGAUGUUUGUCCAGCUCCAACUCGCGGCCCAGCAGAACGGCGGCCAACUUCAGCACCGCCACCUGAUCGCCAGCCGCGGCGAGCCCCCGGCGGCGACGCCCCCGGCCGGCCCCAACUGCCCCGCUCUCCACGGGGGCAGCCAUGCCCCAGACUUCGCCCGGGUCCCCGCCCCGCCCGCUUGCCAGGAAAGCCCCGCCUCCCCAUCGCAGGCCCCGCCCACGUACUGUAGCUCCGCCCACCCGACGCCCGUCACGGCCGGCAUGUUCCGCUCGCAUGGGGCCCAGGCGGCGAGCGGCGGCGCAGGGAACGCCUCUUCGUGUUCGGAGGUUGAUUGCGCCACGCGGAGCAAACCUUCGCCCAGUGCCAGCCAGGUUCAGCCUUCCCGACCCCGUAAACCCGGCGCCGUGAUCGAAAGCUUCGUGAACCACGCUCCAGGUGUCUUCUCGGGGACGUUUUCUGGCACCUUGCACCCGAAUUGCCAAGACAGCAGCGGGCGGCCCCGGCGGGACAUCGGCACCAUCUUGCAGAUCCUCAACGACCUCCUGAGCGCCACGCGGCACUACCAGGGCAUGCCGCAGUCCCUGACGCAGCUGCGGUGCCAGACCCAGUGUUCUCUCUCCUCGGCCUCGCCGUCGCCGCCCCAAUCCCCAGAUCUCGCCACCAACACUACCUCAGAGAAAAUCACAGCAGCUGCUAGCCAGUCCUUAUACUUGGGGCCCCCGUGCGCCAGCCAAGUGCCAGCCUCUAAGCCUUCCGGCGACCGGUUGCGGCAGACGGAGAACCGCGCCACGCGCUGCAAAGUGGAACGCCUGCAGCUCUUGAUGCAGCAGAAGCGACUGCGCCGGAAAGCUCGGCGCGACGCUCGCGCCCCGUACCACUGGCUCCCGAACCGCAAGUCCAGCCGCACAAACAGCAACAGUAGCGUCUCCAGCGAAGGGAGCCUCGACCUGGACUUCGAAGACUCUGUGUGGAAACCGGAAGUCAAAGCGGACAUGAAAUCCGAAUUUGUUGUAGCAUAAAAGGAAGAAGAAGAAAAAAUACCAAGACCGCAGGGAGGGGAGGGCGAAGAGACCGAAGCUUUGGGGGGGAGGGAGGGGGUGUCGAACGGGAAGCAGGGGGCGGGAAGAAAGACCAUUUAGUAAUAAUUAAUAAUACGUUUUUGGUCCAUGCGAGCAAAGUCCUUGGGUGCUUUGAUCAUUUUAGAAAAAAGACACACACACACACACACAGAAGAAAAAAAAUUAUUUGCUGUGGAUCGCGGCGGACGGACCGUCCCUACGGAAAUCUCUUUAGGCAGAUUGUCCCUGUUGGAACAGUAUUUUCUAUUGUUUUCGAAACUCUGUUUUUGUUUUAAGAACUGCAACGGCUUGGGAUGGAGCAAGAAACAGACGUUCCUUCCCAGGAAGUGGACUUGAAAGGAACUUUUUAUUUUUUAAGAAUUCGGUUGUCUCUCUCUCGGGUGUGUAUGUGUGUUUCCCCCCCUCGUUUUCAUUUCGCGGCAUUUUUUUUUUUAAAAAGGAGGAUCCUUCGAACAGCUAGCUGCCUUAGACCGACGAGUGGAAGAGGAGAAUGACCCCAGCCGGGGGGGGGGGGCAGUGAAGGGAGCUGGACUUUGAAAUGUGCGGAAACUGGGAGGACUUUACAAACCUCUUGGUUUUCCUGGUUUCGUUAAUUUUGGGGAAAGGCGGGGGGGGGGAGAAAGAGGAGGAACCCUUAUUUUGGGUGUUUGUCGAAUGCUGCUCCCUUGCCUGUGAAAUUGGCUGUGUUGUACCUUCCCGAAAAAUUGGAGACGGUUUUGUUCCUUAAAAAACAAGCAAAUGCCGAAAGCUUCCCUUUUUUUAUUAUUUUAACGUUUAUCUGUCUAAUGAAUUGAUUUGGUGGUUUCUGUGCAUUCUUCAGGAGAAGAGGACGGGAGGGCCCAGAUUCUGGAUGUGGGGAUUGGUUUAAAUUUGUGGGGGGGGGGGGGUUUAAAGAAAAAAGAUGGAUUUGAGGAUGUGUGCAUGUGCGUAUGUAUAUCUCUUGUCUCUCUUCCUCCCCGUCCCGCAUCCUUAAAUAAUAUAGCAUUUUGACCCCCUCCCCAGUCCUGUCAAAUCAAACUGCUUUUCUCCCCCCCCACCCCGCCAUUCCAUCUGCAUUGGGAGGAAUCUCCAUGCACUUUAGAGGUGUGAAUUGUGAAGUAGUAGAAGCCUGGUUUUUUUCCAUAUUUAAAAAACAAAAACGAGCAGGGCAGGGAGAACGCCCUUCUUGACCUCAUCCUGACUUCCUUUCCCCCUUUUGAGAGUUUCCUGUUUUGUUUUUCGCAUUGCAUUGCUUUUCUUUGCCACGAUGCUUUUUUUUUAUUGUGUGCAUUAAAAAUUAGAGGCAACUGGGAGUUUUCUCUCUCCCCCCGCCUUCCUUUAUCGAUGGAAGAUAGUACCUAAGAGGUUUUGCGAGGCGAGAGAUCCCUCCGAGACAAACCUCUGCAGCUCCUGGGGGAGUCAGGGGACCUCAGAACUGUCGCAUCCCCCUAGCUCAGUGUCAUCCGAAGUCCCCUCCUCGCCAGCAGCUCUUCGUUUGCACUCAAAGCACUCCACCACCAAUCCUCUAUAGCUCCUCCUCCUCCUCCUCGUGGUAUAGUCAUCUCCCUGUGACUCCCAUCGCUCUGGGCUGCCAAGCACCUUUCCCGUGUGAGGUUGCCCGGGAUAUUAGCCUGGCAGCACCCAGCGCUGCUUCUGCCGCUGCUGCUGUUCCCCGUUCCCGUUUUUUAGCUCCCGGAACAAUAACCCGGAAUAUCCUCUUCCCACCACGCGGCGGAAGGCCCCCUCCACAGAUAGAACUGCGAUUCCGCACGUGUCCGAGCAGGAAUCGAAAACGUAACCUCCCCGUUGUAGAGACCAAUAUUACUAUUUUUUCAGGAUCUCCCCCCCAUCAGAUUCUUCUCUGUUUGUGUGUGCGUGCGCGCUUUUUGAAAUAAAGAUUUAGUGACAUAAAAUAGGAUCUAGUGAUGCUUUUUUAGAUACUUGGGAGGGGGGUGUUAAAAAAGAAAAAUAUUAUUUAUAGACUUAACAAUGAUCUGAGCCAGUAAUUUUUCAUAGGCUGUAGUGUUUUUUGGUUUUUCCUCCUCCUCUUUUUGUGCAAAUCUAGCAACCACAGUGUGUGUGUGUGUGUGUGUGUGUGUGUGUAGAGAGAGAGAGAGAAUGUGUAUUCAGCAAUAGGAGCGUAACAUAAAUGGGGGGUGAAGGGUGAGAAUACAUGUAGGAUAACUUCGGAUUUAGGCCUUAAAAGUUUCCAGCAAUGUGGAUGCAAAAUAAAGGCAUGCCACUGUUGCUCCAAUAAUUUCAGUGGGUCUGUAGACGCUGGGGGUUCACCUCUGUUUUCCAGAACAGGACAUCCAAACCAGUUGAAAGCAGGCCACGCCUUGCAAAGUUUCCUGGGGAAUUUUGUACUGAAGGGGCACAGCUGGGAGAUGAUAUUUUUACCCUCUUGCAAAGGGUUGGACUCUGAUAGCAAUGGGGCAGUUACAGACGGACUUUCCUCCAUUGGACAUUUCCCCCCUUUAUUUUACCUUUUUUCUUUCAAAGUGUGUAUGUCUCUCUGUGUGCUAUGUGUCAGAUGAAACCAUUCCCAUGUCCUUGAAUCUAGACCUGUGUGUGUGUGUGUGUGUUCACACCGUUACGUUAAGUAAGGGGACACUUGGAGGUUUUUACCGAAACAGCCAAAUUAGGUUUUAAUCCAGGGACGUUUUAACACUACCUUGCUGCCCCAAUGUACAUUAAAAUAAUAAUAACCGGCAGGUGGGGAAUAAAUAGCAGACUGAACUUUAGAAGCAAGUGCCUCAUUCUGGAAUUGUUUGCACAUAAGUUUUGCCAUUUUGGUUUUUCUUUGCCUUAUGCUGAAUUCAUGAUCCUCUGGUCAAGCCAUCAAAUCGGCACCCUAUUAAAAAAAGUGUCUUGUUAGCCCUUACCACUGCUUUUGGAAAUUCAGAGAGACAUUUGGGCGGGAGGAGGGGGGGAAUUGUAGAGUUGGAAAGGGACCCUAAGGAUCAUCCAAACCCCUUCAAUGCAGGAAUAUACAGCUGUCCCAUGCGGGGAUUCGAACCUGCAACCUUGGCAUUAUCAGCACCAGGCUCUAACCAGCUGAUGCGGGUGACGCUGUGGUCUAAACCACUGAGCUUCUUGGGCUUGCCGAUCGGAAGGUCGGCAGUUUGAAUCCCCGCGACGGGGUGAGCUCCCAUUGCUCCGUCCCAGCUCCUACCAACCUAGCAGUUGGAAAGCACACCAGGGCAAGUAGAUAAAUAGGUACCACUGCGGUGGAAAGGUAAACAGCGUUUCCGUGCGCUCUGGUUUCCGUCAAUGUGUCCCGUUGCGCCAGAAGCCAUUUAGUCCUGCUGGCCACGUGACCCGGAAAGCUGUCUGCAGACAAACGCCAGCUCCCUUGGCCCAAAAGCGAGAUGAGCGCCACAACCCCAUAGUCUCCUUUGACUGGACUUAACUGUCCAGGGGUCCUUUACAUUUACCUAACUGGCUGAGCUAUAUCCAUGGCCCUGGAGGACUUCUUGAAUUUCCUUUCUGUGUUGGUUGGUUUUUAAUUUUCCUAGCCUCUGAAACCCAAAUGCUCAUUAGCUGGGAUUUUUUGCACUGGUUCAAACCGUGAGCCGUUAGAUGCCGAUGCACCCUGGGGGGGGACACCCCACACAAUUUGCAUGGCUGUUUGUGACCUCUGUUGAUGGGCCUUCUCUCCCCCCCCCCAAAAAAAAAAUCCACAUGGGUGAUUUUUGAGUCUAGUCCCUUAAAAAGGGAGAGCAGUAUCUCUCCCCUCCCCAAAUGAAAGAAAUCCAAAAGCUGCUUCCUCCAGAUAUUUUUCCCCAGCCAGCCUAGGCUGAUCCUAAAGAGUUGGCCCUGAAAUACCUCUGCAAAAGGCAAUUUUGGCAAUGCAACUUGAGUAUCGCCUUCCCCUUGACUGUGCCCAAAUCAUUUGUAGCUAGCUAGGACACACCCACCCACCCCCAAAAAUAACGUUCAUGUCUCUAAAAAGGUGCACAGCCACUCCCAAACCCUCUAGCCUUUUCGCGCACCAUCCAGGUGGUAGAGCCCCCAUUGGCUGGAGGGAAAGGAAACUGCUCCCCCUCUGGCAAAAUAGUGUCAUUACACUUCCUGUUUCCUUCCCCUAGAUGUGAAGUUCCUUUUCGUAUGUGAUGCUGUAGCGGGUUUUUAAUUUUAAUUUUUUUUUUAAAGGAAAUGUGUUUUUUAAUUAUAUAUUUAAAUGUUACUACUUUUUUGUAUGGUGUGUGAGUGUAAUCUUAUCAAUUCCUGCCCUCAUCGUACAUUUCCUCCCCCUACCCCCCCUCCCUUAUGUGUUUCUGUUUUUUGGUUCAGGAUUUUUUUAAAAAUAAAAUAAAAAUAAAGUCUAUAUAAUAAAACAACAAAAUUAGAGCCAAAAGCAUUACAACUUAACUCUUCUGUGUGCUUGAGUGUGUGUGUGUGUGUGUGUGUUGGAAGAAUGUGGGAGGGGGGGAAAUACGUAGACCUGUUUUAUCACCUCAUUUAAGUUGCCUGUAUUAAAAAAAAACUUUUAAAAAUGGUUUAAAAAAAUAAACACAAAAUAAAGAUUGCUUGAGCCA